GCACAGUUUGAGGUCCUCAGCUGUCACAAACUGUCAGCUUCACAUAGCUCAACUUGUGCCACACACACAACUGCAGAUACACAAACGCAAAGAAUUUAAAAGUUUGUGUCACACUUGGAGCUCACAAUCAGGGUGGAAAUAACUUGAGGUGAACAAACAAACUGGAUCCAGAGGCCCUGAAGAGCGAGGAGGCUUUUUGCUCAGCUGGUUCGACUCCGUCCGCCACACCGACCAUUAAACACUUUUCAUGGCCAGCAGGUGAAGACCAUAUUUAUAGUGGUCAACGUUUCCUCUGUGUGAGCUCCACAAACCUGAUCAAAAGGUUGCAGCGUCUGGACAUUUUGAGCCUUUCCUCAUGGAUCAAGAGGAUGACAAACACUCUGUGGAUAUCCAUGACAAUCCUCCAGCACCUGACAAUGUAGUGAGGGAGGACGGAGACAUGGUCUAUUUUAUUUAUGAUGAGGAGGUGGAGGUGGAGGAGAAGGAACCAGAACCUCCUUCAGAGCCAGUCAUUCGGAUCAAUGACAAGCCUCACAAGUUCAAGGACCACUACUGCAAGAAGCCCAAGUUCUGUGACGUGUGUGCUCGCAUGAUCGUUUUGAACAACAAAUUUUGUCUGAGGUGUAAAAACUGCAAGACCAACAUCCACCAUUCGUGCCAGUCCUACGUUGAGUUUCAGAGGUGCUUUGGAAAAAUACCGCCUGGUUUCAGAAGAGCUUACAGCUCUCCUCUGUACAGCAGUGACCAACCAGAUUCAAACAACUCAAACCGAAGCGAUCCAGUCUUUGACACGCUGAGAGUUGGUGUCAUCAUGGCGAAUAAGGAGCGCAAAAAGAAUGAAAAUGACAAGAAAAAUAUGAUGAUGAUGAUGGAAGAAGAGGAGGAGGAGAACCAACAUCCCAAAGAACAUGAGGAGGGAGGAGAAGGGAAACCUGAAGAUAAAAAAGAGAAAGGUGGAGACAAAGCAGACGACAAGAGUAAAGGAGCUUUUACUGGAUCCCACUACUACCUGGCCCUUUACCGUUUCAAGGCUAUAGAGAAAGACGACCUUGACUUCCACCCUGGUGAUCGGAUCAUAGUCCUCGAUGACUCCAACGAGGAAUGGUGGAGGGGGAAAAUGGGGGAGAAAACAGGAUAUUUCCCUGCCAACUACCUCAUCAAAGUGCGAGCAUCAGAGAGAGUUUACAAGGUGACCCGCUCCUUCGUGGGCAACAGAGAGAUGGGACAAAUUACACUCAAGAAAGAUCAGAUUGUGGUGAAGAAAGGAGAUGAGAAGGGCGGCUACCUGAAGGUCAGCACAGGACGCAAGCUGGGCUACUUCCCUGCCGAUUUGCUUCAGGAGAUCACUGUGACAUAACCACUAAAAUAAAAAACAGAAAAAGGGCUGAAACACUUUAAAUAUCGACGUCAACUGGACACUUCUGUUCAACAAAAUGAUCUGAUUUUCUACACUUUUGCACAGGAGAAUGAGUUGACUUGUGUUUGCUGUGAUAUAGUUUUGCCUUCAGCAUACAGAUGAUUAUUUAAAUGAUCAUUUUAUUAAUAGUCUCAGUAUAGUGCGCUUUGAGUAGCAUGGUGACACAGUUUUGGUUCCUGCCUUUUGAUUUUAGCACAGAUUUUAAGAAGUAGAGAAUCGUCUGAAUCAUUUUUAGCAGUCACUGAGUAUCUGUGAAGGUUGGAUAUUAAAAUAAUUUGUCAUUUUUAAACCAGUUUUUAUGAAAAUUUAGGAAAUUCACACUCUGGGUUCCUGUUCUCACAAAUGUAGAUGCGAGCAGAUUAAAACAUCAGAGAAAAGUAAGAGCUGACAAGUCUACGAGACAUAAAGUAGAUCAAUGUUCAGGUUAAAUAGGACUAAAGACAUAUUUAAAUUUAAUUCUACACAUUAAAUAAGAAAUUGAUUGGGUCUCUUUUUUGUUU